UUAGAUUCCUCUAUCUCUUUCCAUAACACAUGCUGUUGCUGCUGCCUGCUAUUUCACACAUGAUGAACUCACUAAGGUGUGGAAAACGAUGGUAAUCCCAUUUUAAGAAUUUCGUUGACAGUAUACUAGCUUGGAGCCCUUUGCAUGCAAUGGCUGCAAAACAAGGUCUACUCUAUCCGUGAAGCUGCAGCAAACAACCUAAAGCGCUUUGCAGAAGAGUUUGGUCCUGAGUGGGCAAUGCAACACUUGGUUCCACAGGUAUUGGACAUGGUCACAAAUCCGCACUAUCUACAUAGGAUGAUGGUUCUACGAGCAAUAUCUCUCAUGGCUCCUGUGAUGGGAUCUGAAAUUACAUGCUCUAAGUUUCUUCCUGUGGUGGCUGAGGCAUCAAAAGACAGAGUUCCAAACGUCAAGUUCAAUGUUGCAAAACUUCUGCAAUCUCUCAUCCCCAUAGUCGACCAAUCAGUGGUGGAGAAAACAAUACUCAGUGUUUGGUGGACCUGAGCGAGGACCCUGAUGUUGAUGUUCGCUAUUUUGCAAACCAAGCGCUUCGUUCCAUUGACGAUGCUGCAGCUGCACAAUCCUAAAUAUAUUUUUUCAAAUGUGUUAGUGAUAUAUAUAUAAUCUUUAAUCCUUUGUGUUCUUUGUUAUUACCUGGUUUGUUUGCGUAAAACACCAUUUUCGAUUGCUGGCUAUGAACUGCAUUUAUAUAUUAGUGAUAUAUAAUCUUUUAAUCCUAUUA